AUGACAAUUGGUAUUCUUAUAAUUUAUUACAAAACGCCAUCACUAUCUAUAAAAAUUUGUCAAUUAUCAUUCGAACGUAAAGCCAAAAGUGAAAUGCAAUAUAAUUCUCGUACUCGAGCCGUUUCUGUUGCUGAUUUCAAUAAAGAUAAUCAUUUAGACCUUGCGGUUGUAAAUUAUGGUAGUGAUAAUAUUGGAAUUUUCUUCGGAAAAGGCGAUGGAACUUUUGAAAAUCAAAUAACAUAUUCAACAACAAAAGGCUCUCUUCCUUAUGCAAUAACUGUUUUUGAUUUUAAUAGUGAUACUUAUUUGGAUAUUGCUAUUGCUAAUUUUGGAAUAAAUAGUAUUUCCCUGUUAUUUGGUUAUAGUAAUAUGACAUUUGGAUAUCCAAUAAUAUAUUCAUUAGGUUCUUCAAGACCAAUAGCUAUUUCAUAUGGAGAUUUUAAUAACGAUUUAAAGAUCGAUUUAGCAUGUGUUAAUUAUGGUACAAAUGAUAUUGGAAUUUUAUUAGGAAAUAAUGAUGAUGGAACAUUUUUAUCUGUUUUGAGAUAUCCAACUGGUUAUGACUCAGAACCAAAAUCACUUGCAAUUGCUGAUUUAAACAAUGAUACUUAUUUAGAUAUUAUUGUUGCAAAUUUUGGUACAAAUAAUAUUGGAAUAUUUUAUGGCUAUGGAAAUGGAAAUUUUGCACAUAUGAAAAUCUAUUCAACAGGUUCAUAUUCAAAACCGUAUUUUGUUAGUGUCGGAGAUUUUAAUGGUGAUAAACAAUUCGAUAUAGCUGUUAUUAAUUAUGCUCUUGAUAAUAUUGGGAUCUUUUUUGGCUCUUCUGAUAAUAUUACAUUUUCAAAUCAAAUAAAACUUUCAACUGGACAAAAUUCAAAUCCACAUUCAUUAGUUAUUGCUGAUUUUAAUCACGAUCAUUUUCAAGAUAUUGCAGUUGCAAAUACUGGUACAGAUUCUAUUGGAUUAUUUUUUGGUUGGGGUAAUGGUUCAUUUACUGAUCAAGUUACUUAUACAACUGGUGUCAAUACUGGUGUACAAUUUAUAAACAUUGGUGAUUUUAAUGAGGAUACUAGAAUAGAUAUUGUUGUUGCUAAUAAUGCAACAAAUAAUGUUGGUGUUUUUCUUGGAAUUCGAACGGCUGACUUUCGAUCUAUAAACACAUUUCCAACUAAUUCGGGACCCUAUAGUUUAGCUACUGGAGAUUUAAACCAUGAUGGUCAUUCUGAUAUUGUCGUUGCUAAUUAUUAUGCAUUUACUAUAAGUAUACAUUUUGGUAACGGAGAUGGAUCGUUUACUGAUUAUAUUACAUAUUCUACUGAAAGUGAAUCAUAUCCAGUAGAUAUUACGUUAAAUGAUUUAAAUAAUGAUUCAAAUUUAGAUAUUAUUGUUGUUAAUUAUAAUCAAAAUAAUGUUGGUAUUUUUUAUGGCUAUGGAAAUGGUUCUGUUGCAAAUCAAAUAACUAUUUCAACUGGUAGUCAAUCUUAUCCGAAUGCUGCACGUGUUGGUGAUUUCAAUAAUGAUAAGAAAUUAGAUAUUGUUACCGUUAAUCAUGGCACAUAUACAAUUAGUAUACUAUUGAAUUAUGGUAAUAAUUCAUUUAGUAACCCAACAACAUAUAAUACUCAAAAUGAGCCAAUAUCCUUAGCUAUUGGAGAUUUCAAUAAUGAUAAUAAUUCUGAUAUUGUUGUUGCUAAUCUUAAUUCUGAUAGUGUUAGUGUCUAUCUUGGAAAAGGUGAUGGAACAUUCAAUGAACAAAGAAUAUUUUCCACAACAGAAAAUACACUACCAAUAUUUGUAACUGUCGGCGAUUUCAAUAAUGAUAAUAAAUUAGAUAUAAUAACAGCUAAUUAUAACAGAAGAACAACUGCGCUACUUCUUGGUAAUAAUGAUGGAACAUUUCAAGAUCCAUCUCUCAAAUGGGUUGGUGAUACUUCUCAACCAACAUGUCUUUUUGUUGCAGAUUUCAAUAAUGAUAGUUAUUUAGAUGUAGCUGUUGCCAAUUAUAUUGGUAAUAAUGUACUCAUUUUGAUAGGAUUAAAUGGUUCGUUUACUGGUGACUCUGUAUAUUCGACGGAUGCAAGUGGUCCAUAUUAUAUUCUUGCUGAUGAUUUUAAUGAAGAUGGACGAUUAGAUCUUGUUACUGCUAAUCCAGCUGAUGAUACAAUUGGAAUAUUUUUUGGAUAUGACGCAGGUAAAUUUCAACGUAUUAAUGAAUUUUCUACAUCAUAUGGAUCACUUCCAUCAUCCUUAACUAUUGGUGAUUUUAAUAAUGAUAAUCAAGCAGAUAUUGCAAUAUCAAAUUAUGGAUCAAAUAAUUUCGGUGUCUUUUUUGGUUAUGGUAAUAAUACAUUUACUCUAGAUAAAAUAUAUUUUACAAAUUUUCAAUCUCAACCAAUAAUGAUUGUUUCAUCUGAUUUAAAUAAUGAUGCAAUAUUAGAUUUAGCAACAGUUAAUGUUGGUAGUGAUUCUAUUGGAAUAUUUCUUGGUAAUAGAAAUGGAAGUUUUCAAAAUCAAAAAUUAUUUUCAACAGGAUCAGGAUCGAAGCCACAAUCAUUAUCUGUUGCUGAUUUGAAUAAUGACAAUCAAUCUGAUUUAGUUGUUGCAAAUUAUGGUACUAAUAAUAUUGGUAUUCUUCUUCGUUAUAAUAUCCUAUCAUUUACAGCGAUGAAUUUUUAUCCACGAUCAACUACAAAUACUUAUCGAAGUAUAACUAGUGCUGAUUUAAAUAAUGAUCAUCAAAUAGAUAUUGUUUCUGCUAAUUAUUAUGGAAAUAAUAUUCAAAUCUUUUUUGGACAUGGUGAUGGAUUAUUAACUGAUCCAAUUAGUUAUUCAACAGGAAGUGGAUCUUAUCCUACUUCAGUUGCUAUUAGUGAUUUUAAUAAUGAUCAGCAUCUUGAUAUUGUUGUUACUAAUUUUAACACAGAUAAUAUUGGAAUUUUUUAUAAUUAUGGCAACGGAUCAUUUAAAAACCAACUAAUAUAUUCAACUAAUAGUCAAUCUUAUCCUAUAUUCGUCACUGCUGGUGAUUUUAAUCGUGAUAAUCAAUCUGAUAUUAUUGUCGCUAAUUAUUACGCACAUAAUAUUGGAAUUUUCUAUAAUUAUGGUAAUGGAUCAUUUAAAAAUCAAAUAAUAUAUUCAACUAAUACUGGAUCUUAUCCAAGAUGUAUUGCUAUUAGUGAUUUUAAUAACGAUAAUUAUCCUGAUGUUGUUGUUGCAAAUUCUGGUCUUAAUAACAUUGGCAUUUUUCUAAAUAAUGGUAAUGAAACAUUUACAGAUCAAAUCACAUAUUCAUUUUCGCAAGGAAUUAAUCCAUAUUUUGUAAAUAUUGGUGAUUUCAAUCAUGAUAAUAAUAUGGAUAUUAUUGCUUGCUAUUUAGAUACAGGAUACUUUGCAAUUUAUUUAGGAUUUGGAAAUGGAUCUUUUUCUAAACCAAAAUUAAGAAAUGCAGGUAGUUCAACAGACUAUCUAUCUAUUAGUGUCGGUGAUUUUAAUCGUGAUAAUCGAUUAGAUUUUGCAAUUACUAAUCGAUAUAAUAAUUUUGUUAGUUUCUGGUUAGGUUAUGGAAAUGGAGAAUUUUCAAGCCCAACAAGAAUUUAUCAUAGUUCAUUCUAUAAUCCGAAUUUUGUUUAUGCAACAGAUCUUAAUAAUGAUGGACAAUUAGAUGUGGUUAUAUUCGAUGAUUAUCGAAUUUAUACAUUUCUUGGUCUUUCUACUGAAGGAUUUCUUGAUGUCAUGACAUUAUCGACUGGAAAUGGUUCUUUACCACAAUCUGUAAAUGUUGCUGAUUUUGAUAACGAUGGUUUAAACGAUAUUGUUGUUGCAAAUUUUGGUCUUGAUAAUAUUGGCAUUUUUUAUGGAAUUGGUUAUGGAUUUUUCACAAAUCAAACAACUUAUUCAACUGGAGAUCUUUCUAAACCUCGUUCUGUUGCUGUUGGUGACGUUAAUAAUGACAAUCGCAUUGAUAUUGUUAUAGCACUUUAUGGAACAAGUAAUAUUGGAAUUUUAUUAAAUAAUGAAAAUGGUUCCUUUGGACCAUUAAUAACAUAUUUAACUGAAUUGCGAUUUGUUCCCUAUUCUAUAACUGUAGGUGAUGUCAAUAACGACGAACAAUUAGAUAUAAUUACUGCUAAUUAUGGUUCGAAUUCCGUUAUACUUUUAUUUGGUAAAGGUAAUGGAACAUUCGUUAAUCAAACAGAAGUUUUUCUUGGAUACGGUGCUCGGCCCGUAUUUGUUACGAAACAUCUGAUCAAUGAGAAAAACGAUGAUAAUCAUGAAGUUAGCUUGUAA